GCCCUGGUAGGAUAUCUAAAGGCUGCAGGAAAGGAAGGUCUAGGUAUCUAUUCCCUGGCUCCUGCCUUUUUAGUCUGCAUCUUUCGACAAAAGCCUGUAACUCUAACUCUCUCCAAGUUCCAGGACCACUCCCCCUCCAGCAACUUCAGGCCUGGCUGCUAACAGUGACCGUAGGAAGUCACCGUCCCUCAUUGCUCCCCUUUCACCCUGCUCAUGACUCCUCAGCUCUGUCUCUUAAGGGCAUGAUCUGUGUGACAGCUGACCAAUACAGGAGGAGCUGGCAGCGAGCCGUGGGCCACCCGAGCCUCCGCCAGAUUUCCUGACCAAACGCGGGAGGAGAGAUGCCCUGGAUUGUCCUGCUGCUUGUAGCUGGCUCCUUGGCUAUUCCAGCGCCAUCCAUCAUGCUGGUGCCCCCACACCCCAGCAGUCAAGAGGACCCCAUCCACAUCUUAUGCAUGGCCCCCAGGGGUUUCCCAGGGGCGAAUUUCACACUGUACCAAGGUGGGGAGGUGGUGGAGCUCCUGAAAGCCCCCAAGGACCAGCUCAGGGUCAUAUUCAACCUGAGCGGCAGCAGCAGGGAGGCUCGAGGGGGACCGUUCUGCUGCCAGUACAGUGUGCUUGGCGAGAACAGGCAACCCCAGCUGUCGAACCUCAGCGAGCCUGUGCACGUCUCCUUCCCAGUGCCCACCUGGAUCCUGGCACUGUCCUUGAGCCUGGCUGGAGCCACUCUCCUCCUCGCUGGACUGGUGACCAUUGCCCUGAUCAUCAGGAAAGUUAAAGUAAAAAACUUGCAGAAGAGACGAGAGCGAGAGUCCUGCUGGGUUAACAUCGCCACCACAGACAUGUCCUUCGACAACUCCCUGUUUACCAUCAUGAAAAUGACUUCAGAAGAAGAUGCAGCCAACCUGGAUGCUCCCUCAGGCUCCACCGAGACACCUGGACCUCGGAAGAGGCCCACUUCCACAUCAUCCUCACCUGAGCCCCCUGAAUUCAGCACAUUCCGGGCCUGUUAGGGGAGCCCUUCUCUGUCUGCAUGCCCUCUGUUCAGCCCUCCCCCUGGAGCUGGCCAGGCUGUGUAGGGCCUCCAGCUACUUCGGGGACUUCUGGCUGCUGCUUUCUCAGGGAAAUGAACAGAAGAGACAAAGGAGAUUCGUCCUUGGGACCUUCGUCGUAGAGAAGCAGAGUGGGAGAGGGGGUGAAAGCAUCGACCUGGAGGCUGGACGGAAAGCAGGAAGCAUCUCAGGAUUUCCAGCUUCUCAACCCACCAGGGGAGGAGAUGCUAGGAUCCCUUCUGGCCUUUAGCUGGGCUGUUAUGAAUCUGAGCCUCGCACACCCCUCUGGUUUCCUCCUUCCCAUCACACCUGACGUGGCCAACCUGACUGGGUUUUUGGAGCAUAGGGUACCCUGGGUGGGGUAUAUUCUGUGUGCCCUGCUGGCAUGCCUAAGUUAUUAAUUAUUAUGU